GAUCAGCUGCGGGAACAGCCGAGCGACCCGGGGCCGAUUUUUACCCAGCUUUCCGUCGGGGAGACAGGGCCGGGGGGUGGGCUGGGGGCUCGGGUACAGGAGAAUGAGAGAGCCCUCUUACCGGAGGGGGCGAAAACAUGAACGGGGCCGUGUACAUUUCGUUUUUCCAGGGCCAGCUGGAGUCCGUGCUGGAGCAAGUGGUUCAGCUCGCCGUCCAGGAAAUAAGCAAAACGGUGGGCUCCAGCCUGAACGCGCUGCUGCUGGAGACGGCCGUGAAGGAGCAAGAAAACCGCCGGCUCAGGCUCCAGCUGCAGUCGCGGGAGAACCGGGUCCGAGGCAACGCCAGCGCCUCAGACGGCGGGGGCACCCCGGUCGCUGGUAAGAACAAGGCUGGCAAGGCGGCGGGCGACGAGAGGGCGGACAGCGGCAGGACAAAGCCCGGGCAGCAGCAGCAGCAGCAGCAGCAGCCGCCGCCGCCGCCGCCGCAGCAGCAGCAGCGGCUACACGCCCCCGGAGGGCAGGGCACCAAGCCCAUCUUACCAACCGACACACGCCGCCUGGAGCAGAGAGGACAAGUCGUGGACCAGCUGAAGACGGUCAUGGAACAGGUCCUGGACUUCGCUGUGCGCGAGCUGACGAAGAUCGUGGAGGCUUCGUUCGACGACCUCCUGCUGGAGAUCACCAAGAUGGAGAGAGAGCAGCGGGUCCUGGAGGAGAGUAUGGGCAAGAGCUCCGACAGAGGAGGAGGGGGAGAGAAGGCGAGAGGAGCAGGAGCCGGGGGGCGGAGGAGAGGAUCGGAGAACGACUCGGUGUCGCCCAGCGGCUCAGAGGACGCCCGGGAGGAGCUGGCUGAGGUCAGGGUGUCCAAAGAGACGGCAGAGACAGAGGACCCAGAGCGCCCCCCAGUCCUCUCGGUCUCUCAGGACUGGGUUCCGAUCCUGGACAAGGUCUUUGGUCAGAAGUGGUGCAGUGACAUCUGGCAGAUUAAAGAGCUCACUGGGGGAGGAGGCGGGAGGGGUCUGGGUGAGGGAGGGGCGGAGCACGUGGAGCCUUUAUUAGCCCCCUCAGCGACCCUGGAGCCCUCCCCCUCGUCCCCCCAGCAGGACCCCCGCUGGACUCCUCUGGAGGACAUGGAGGUGUUUUCUCCCGAUGAUGACGCUGCCGACAGUCAGAGGAGCACUGGGGGGGGAGCCAACAGCACCACCAGACCCUCGCCCGGACCCCCCCUCAGCCCCACAGGGUCUUCGGGCUGCCGCUCUUCGGCCUCCAUGCUCCACCGUCUCCUGACUCUGCCGUCUCAGCUGCUGGAGGAAGACGACGAGGACGCCGCCGCCAAGGAAACGCUGGCCGCUCUGGCAACCGACGGCGCCAACGACAGCCGAGACGGCGGCCAACCGCCGGGCCGGACCUGCCUGUCGCCCCUGACGACCAGGGAGGAGGAGGAAGAAGAGGAGGAAGAGGAGGAGGAGGACAAAGGGAGGAAGACGUCUAACGCCGAAAUGGAUUCGUUAAGGGAUUCGUAAGGAUUCGAAUUCAACAAAAUGCUGUUGAAUCCCAACCCUGGACCAGAUAACUGCUCUGAGAGGAUCAGAAGAAACAGGACAACUUAAAGACGGGAGUCUGAUCCAGAAUAACAAAUGGGGCUAAAACUGAACCCAGGACCAAGAAGCACUUGACGAGGAGGUCUCAGACUGGAGGUGACGAAGGGAAACAAACAGCAGCAAACAAACGUCAGAAACGCACACAAACGUCUCCUCCUGCUGUACGUCCUCCUCUAAAAUAUCUCCAGACCUCCUCGCGGACAGGAAACGAGCUCCAGCUGCUGCAGGUGAGUUUCAGCAGGUGACUUUUUUUUUCUUUUUUUUUAGCAAUAAGCUCGUUGCCUCAGCAGCGGGACAGUCGGAGCGUCGUUUCCCACGUCCGGAUCGUGACGGUGGUGGUUUUUGGUGUUGGACCAGUACAGCGUGGAAGGUCACUCCCACGGGAAGAAGUGACCUUCGAUUUUUUUCUACCUGUUUGUUUUCAAAGUGCCCUUUAUUGUUUUUUUCUCAACAAACAGACUCCACUUUUUCUUCUCUCUCACUCACUCUCCUUUUUUUAAAAAACGAUUUUGGAUUAUGGUCAAGUGCAUUUUUGUCGUUACAUUUGACAUUUUGUAGACGAUCGUCGAGGAUUUCUCGUGUCGCUUCCUGAACAGGAAAACAAAGGAAGACGAACUUCAUCAGUGGCAUCGUUUGUUGGGACUCGUUGAAUGUGAACCUCAGCAGUUUGUAUCCUUUCUACGUUUCCUGUACAGUUUUUACUUGUCAGACAAAACUGAUGAUAAAAGGGGAGAAAAAAGAGCAAAAGGACGGUUUUUAAAUCUUACAUCCUUCCUUCCUUCUUUCCUUCCUUCAUCCCUACUUCCUCUUUUGGUUCAGUUUGGUCCAGUAACCUCAUGUUAACACACAGAUACCUCCUGACAAACAAACAAACAAACACAGCCACGCAGGUUUUCUGCUGUGAAUGAUUAAGAUUCUCCAAGAUUUCUACAAACGACGCUUCUCUGGCUCCGACUAACGAUUCAUUUUUCUUUUAUUUUCUCCGAUUAAUCCGAUCUGCAUGGAAGCUCAUUUCUGCCGGAAAGAA